GCGGCCGCCGCGCCCCGCCUUGCGCGCUCCGGCUAGUUCGGCGGUUGCGGGCGAGCGGGUGGGCAAGCUGAGGGCUGGAGCUCAGGCAGCAGGUGGGCGGGGUGCGGGUUGGGCGGCGGCGGCGGCGGCAGCAGGGGUCGCGGGGCUGCCAGGCUGCGCUCGAGCGAGCGCAGCCGGCCUUGCGUGCGCACCAUGGACUUCAAUAUGAAGAAGCUGGCGUCGGACGCGGGCAUCUUCUUCACCCGGGCGGUGCAGUUCACAGAGGAGAAAUUCGGCCAGGCUGAGAAGACUGAGCUCGAUGCCCACUUUGAAAAUCUUCUGACCCGGGCGGACAGCACCAGGAACUGGACAGAGAAGAUCCUGAGGCAGACAGAGGUGCUGCUGCAGCCCAACCCUAGUGCCCGUGUGGAAGAGUUCCUGUAUGAGAAGCUGGACAGGAAGGUCCCCUCGCGGGUCACCAACGGGGAGCUACUGGCUCAGUACAUGGCAGAGGCAGCCAGUGAGCUGGGGCCCACCACUCCCUACGGGAAGACACUGAUCAAAGUGGCAGAAGCUGAAAAACGCCUGGGAGGCGCCGAGCGAGACUUUAUCCACACAGCCUCCAUCAACUUCCUCACACCUCUGCGCAACUUUCUGGAAGGAGACUGGAAAACAAUUUCGAAGGAGAGGCGGCUCCUCCAAAACCGUCGUCUGGACUUGGAUGCCUGCAAAGCACGGCUGAAGAAAGCCAAGGCCGCAGAAGCCAAAGCCACAACGGUGCCUGACUUUCAGGAGACUAGACCUCGUAAUUACAUUCUCUCGGCCAGCGCCUCCGCGCUUUGGAAUGAUGAGGUGGACAAGGCUGAGCAGGAGCUCCGAGUGGCCCAGACUGAGUUUGACCGGCAGGCAGAAGUGACCCGCCUCCUGCUAGAGGGAAUCAGUAGCACUCAUGUGAACCACCUUCGCUGCCUCCAUGAGUUCAUUGAGUCUCAGACAACUUACUAUGCGCAGUGCUACCGCCACAUGCUGGACUUACAGAAACAGCUUGGCAGAUUUCCAGGCACUUUCGUGGGCACUACAGAGCCUGCCUCCCCACCCCUGAGCAGCACCUCACCUACCACCUCUGCGGCCACAAUGCCUGUGGUGCCCUCUGUGGCUGGCUUGGUGCCUCCAGGGGAGGCUGCUCUCUGCCUGGAGGAGGUGGCCCCACCCGCUAGCGGAACCAGAAAGGCCCGUGUGCUCUACGACUAUGAGGCGGCUGACAGCAGUGAGCUGGCCCUGCUGGCUGAUGAGCUCAUCACUGUCUACAGCCUGCCUGGCAUGGACCCUGACUGGCUCAUUGGUGAGCGAGGCAACAAGAAGGGCAAGGUCCCUGUCACCUACUUGGAACUGCUCAGCUAAGCAGGCCCCCUCCCAGACCCCUGCCCGUUCUGGCCUGGGCAGGAGAAUCUGGGUGCAGCCCUGCCACCUGUCUGUUGGUGACCCAGCUGCUCAGGGUGGGGAGACUGACCCCCUCCUGUCCUUGCCCCUGGUCAUCCAGCUGUGAGGGAGCUCAAGAAGCUGAAUGAUCCCUGUCCCCACUCAGCCCUGCUUCUGACCCAUGGUUCUGGAGCCUCCAACCCUGCCUGCAUCCCCUGAGCACCCCAGCCCUCCCUACUCUGCUAACGAGGGAGGGGGCUGACUACAACAGCUGCACUCGGACCCUAGGCCCAUGGUGGGAGUCAGCCACAGAUGGCCUAAGGAGGCACUGGGGUGCACCCCUGGCAAGCAGAGAGCACCUGUAUUUUAGUUGCCAAAAGCAGAAAAGGGGAAAGCAGCAGGGCAGCCAGGUGUCUCUGGCAGUCCUCAGGAACUGUGUACUGUCCCUCCUGGCUCAGCCUGGAGCCAGAGGGGAGAAUUGGCAGGAGAGGCAGGGUUGGGCCCCGGAGCAGCAUCUUUCCGGUGCUACCCUUCCCCCUCCCCCACUCCUUACAGCUCAAGCCAAGUAUGGUGGCUGCAGCCUUCACCUCUUCAAACUCACUUUUUAACUGAUAUUUUUACUUCUGCCUGUCUGCUUGCUUUCUAGCCAAUGACAAAUAAUAAACAUUCUUUGUGUGCAA